AGGCGGGAGGGCUCGGAGGCGGCUCCGGUGCAGCCUGUGCUGCAGGAAAAGCAGCCGGGACAGAGCAAGAAAGCAAGUCCAUCGAGCCCGGCCGGCAGAACCGACCCGGCGCCAGCAGCACAUCUGCUCUGCCGGGAGUCUGCUUCGGCUGCCAGGGAAGACUUUGCAUCUGACCUAGAGCUGAACGCCGAGCAGUUCCCUCCUGCUUUUCGCUGGUCCCUCGCGGUCCCCGAGGAGAGGAGCUGGCCGUGCCGCCGGGCGUGGACGAGCCGCGGGAGCAGGGCCGUGGCGAGCAGGAAGCGCGGCUGGGGGCUGGGACGCGGGGCCGUCCCGCGCGGGCAGGCACAGCAGCUCCGCACGCCUCCCUCGCUCUCGCUUCCCCUUUCUGCGGAGCUAUAAAGGCGGAGGGCGAGCGGGCAGCGGGGCGGCGAGGAUGGGAGCGCGGAGCCCAGCACUGGCUUGCACGGCGCUGGCAGCGUGCCUGGUGCUGGCCGGGGCCGUGCACCCCGGCUUCGUGGUCAGGAUCACUCAGGCGGGCUUGGACUACGCUCGUCAGCAUGGGGUCUCUAUCCUGGAGAAGGAGCUCGGCCAGCUGAGGCUGCCGGACAUCUCGGGGGACUUCCGAGUGCGGAAGGUGGGAAAAGUGCGCUAUGAGAUCUCCAGCUUGGACCUUCGCAGUUUCCGCUUGCCGAGCUCACAGAUUUCCCCGCUCCCCGACGUGGGCCUGCAGGUCUCCAUCUCCAACGCCUUUGCCGAGGUGGACGGGGACUGGCGGGUGAAGGUGCAUUUCAUUAGGGACCACGGCUCGUUUGACCUGAGGGUUGAGGAUCUCUCUAUCAGAAUCAAUCUGAAGCUGGGCAGCGAUGCCUCCGGGAAACCCACUGCCGACGCUUCUUACUGCAGCACUCACAUCUCCAGUGUUCACAUACGUUUUUCAGGCAAGCUUAGCUGGCUCUACAACCUCUUCCACAGCGCUAUCGAGUCCAGAUUCAGGAGCAUCUUGGAGAGCAAGGUCUGUGAAAACGUCGUCAGCUCUGUCCGCAGCGAGUUGCAGCCUUACCUCCAGACCUUGCCAGUCACAGCCAAGAUAGAUGCGGUGGCCGGGAUCGACUACUCCUUGGUGGCACCCCCGGCUGCCACUGCCCACUCCCUGGAUGCGGACCUGAAGGGCGAGUUCUUCUCCCUGGCCCACCGUGCUGCCGUGCCCUUCCCUCCGCCGCCGCUCGCCUUCCCGCCGGACCAUGCCCGCAUGGUUUACUUGGGGGUCUCCAGCUACUUCUUCAACACGGCCGGCCUGGUCUACCACGCCGCGGGGGCCCUGGUCUUCGAGCUCACCGACUCCAUGAUCCCGAAGGGCCUCGACUUCCACCUGAACACCUCCACCUUCUCGGCCUUCGUCCCCCAGCUGGAGAAGCUGUACCCCGACAUGCUGAUGAAGCUCAGGCUGUCCACGCCCGCUGCCCCCUCCCUGAGCAUCGGCCCCGAGGGUCUCUCGCUCCGUCCGGUUGUGGAUAUCCAAGCUUACGCCAUCCUUCCCAGCUCCAGCCUGGCUCCUCUCUUCCUCCUCAACUUGACAGCCAACGUCUCCGCCAGCAUCGACGUGAAGUCCAGCCGCAUCGUCGGGAACGUGACGGUUGGCAGGCUGAGGCUGGCUCUGAAGCAUUCGGACGUCGGCCCUUUCCAGGUGCGAAUGCUGCAGUCAAUAAUGAACAUAUUUACUUCCAGCAUCCUGCUGCCACGUCUUAAUGCACGAUUCGGCCAGGGCUUCCCCCUCCCGCUGCCGGACAGGAUACAGCUCUCCGACAUCGUCAUGCAGUCGCACCAGAACUUCCUCCUGCUCGGAGCAGACGUCCAUUACGAGCCCAGAGAAUGAAGGCGAGGCGACGGGCAGCUCAGGUGCCACAGCCAGCGCUGCCCUUUUGUCCACGGGGCCGGCCUGUCCCCACCUCGCCUCUGCCUCCC